ACAUACAUAUAUUAUAUAUAGAACACAGGGAAAACACUCUAUUUCAUUCUCACUCUAGCUAGCCAUGGAUCUCUUCAUGACAAUGUGUCUGUUACCUGUGUUCUAUGUUUUCUUCUGCAUCUGCAGAUCGGUUCUUCAAUGGAGAGACCAAGGAUGCUAUAUGUUGGCCUACGAGUGCUACAAGGCUCCUGUGGACAGGAAGCUCGACACUGAUUCCUCCGCAAGAGUCGUCCUCCGAAACAAGAAUCUGGGAUUGGAAGAAUACCGUUUUCUCUUCAAAACCAUUGUCAGUUCAGGGCUCGGCGAAGAAACUUAUGGCCCACGAACUGUCAUUGAGGGAAGAGAAGAUUGCUCUACUCUUGCAGAUGCCCAUUUGGAGAUGAGUGAAAUCAUCUUCGAUACACUUGACAAACUUUUUGCCAGGACAGGUGUUUCUCCAUCAGAAAUCGACAUACUUGUCGUGAAUGUGUCCUUGUUCUCUCCCAUUCCCUCUCUAACAUCUUGCAUUAUAAAUCGUUACAAGAUGAGGGAGGACAUUAAGGUUUUCAACCUCUCAGGAAUGGGCUGCAGUGCAAGCCUAGUUGCAGUCGACCUCGUCCAGCACUUGUUCAAGACCUACAAAGAAUCUUUUGCUAUUGUUGUUAGUACGGAAUCCAUGGGUCCGCACUGGUAUAAAGGCAAAGAAAAAUCCAUGCUCCUCUCCAACUGUCUAUUCCGCGCCGGAGGUUGUUCAAUGCUCUUCACAAACAAUAGAGCUUUGAAGCAUCGAGCCAUCUUUAGUUUAAAAUGUCUAGUUCGAACCCAUCUCGGCUCAAGCGAUGAAGCAUAUGAAUGCUGCAAACAAAUAGAAGAUGAGCAAGGCUUCCUUGGUUUUCGCCUCACCAAAAGCCUCACAAAAGCUGCUGCCCAAGCUUUUACCACAAACCUCCGAGUGCUAGUACCCAAAGUACUGCCAGUAAGGGAACUGCUCCGCCACUUCAUAGUUGCACUCCAGCAGGCUAAAACUGACAGCCUGGAACUCGACGCUGUGGGAUCGUAUUUGGAUUUUAAGGCCGGAGUAGACCACUUCUGUAUCCACCCGGGCGGAAGGGCCGUUAUCGAUGGGGUUGGCAAGGGUUUACGGCUCAGUGAAUAUGAUCUUGAGCCAGCAAGAAUGGCUCUCCACCGGUUUGGGAACACAUCGGCCGGUGGGCUUUGGUAUGUCUUAGGUUACAUGGAAGCUAAGAAGAGGCUUAAGAAGGGUGACCGGAUUCUGAUGAUCAGUUUUGGAGCAGGAUUUAAGUGCAACAACUGUGUGUGGGAGGUGCUGAGGGAUUUGGACGGCGGCAAUGUUUGGAAAGACUGCAUAGAUAGUUACCCACCGAAAACACUAGUCAACCCUUUCGUGGAAAAGUAUAAUUGGAUUAAUGAUGAAUAUCUAAGCUUUGUCAGACUUGACUUAGAUAUCUGAUCAUCAUGAGUUUUCCUGGUUUACGCUCAUAGAUCUUUUCCCUCUUCAUUCGGUACGUUGCAUCUCGAUCGUUUAUGAUGUCGUGAAAGCUAUAUAUGUUAAUUUUCUACU